AGGCAGGAGGGAGCUGAUUGGUGGGUGUUGGUACAGGCAGGGCGGGUCCUGGUCUUCCCCGUGCUGCCCACGUGUUUGUGCCCGGGUGCCAGGGCGGGGCCAGGGCAGGACCUCGGCGGUGCUGGCAGCAGGACGAGACAGUGUGGGCAGCGAUGGGCGCUGGGACGGAGCCAGCAGAGGCGUGUUGUGACCUGUCUGAGGGGAGGGUGUACCUCGACCACAACGCCACCACCCCGCUGGCUCCCGAGGCAGCCCAGGCCGUGCAGGAUGCCCUGACCCAGGCUUGGGGCAACCCCAGCAGCGCCCACCCCGCAGGCAGGAAGGCCAAGGAGCUGAUCGGCAGAGCCAGGGAGAGCCUGGCACAGAUGGUGGGGGCCCGGCCUGAGGACAUCGUGUUCACCUCGGGGGGCACGGAGGCCAACAACAUGGUGAUCCACACCGCCUGCAGGCACUUCCUUGAGAGCCAGACCGGGGACAGCCCGGGGACACCACACAUCGUGACAUCCAGUGUGGAGCAUGACUCCAUCCGCCUGCCCCUGGAGCAGCUGGGCAAGGACAGCCUGGCAGAAACCACCUUUGUGCCCGUGUCCCCGCGGAGCGGGCGGGCUGAGGUGGACGAUGUCCUGGCUGCCAUCCGACCCAACACCUGCCUGGUGUCCCUCAUGUUGGCCAACAAUGAGACCGGCGUCAUCAUGCCCGUGGCGGAGCUGAGCCAGCGUGUCAGAGCCCUCAACCAGCGCAGGGCGGGGCAGGGGCUGCCCCGGGUGCUGCUGCACACGGACGCGGCCCAGAUGAUCGGCAAGGGGCGUGUGGACGUGCAGGAGCUGGGCGUGGACUAUCUCACCAUCGUGGGGCACAAGUUCUAUGGCCCCCGCAUCGGUGCCCUGUACGUGCGCGGCCCCGGCAGCACGGCCCCCCUGCACCCGCUGCUCUUUGGGGGGGGACAGGAGAGGAGCUUCCGCCCAGGCACCGAGAACACCCCGAUGAUCGCUGGCCUGGGCCAGGCUGCAGAGUUGGUGAGCAAGAACUGGGAGGCCUACGAGGCUCAUAUGCGGGAUGUCCGGGAUUACCUGGAGGCCAGGCUGGAGGCCUCCUUUGGGAAGGAGAGGAUCCACUUCAACAGUCGCUUUAAGGGCUCCAAGCGACUCUGCAACACCUCCAACUUCUCCAUCCUGGGACCAGGCCUCCAAGGGCACAGGGUCCUGGCUCACUGCAAGGUGCUGCUGGCCAGCGUGGGGGCCGCCUGCCACUCGGACAAGGGGGAGCGUGGGCACAACUCCUCCUGCCAGCUCCUCCUGCUCCUCAAGGAAACAGUGGUGGGGGCAGCUGUCACUGUGCCAGUGCCUGAGGAACCCUGUCCCCCUGACACCGGGGGUCAGCAACGUGGGAAGACGUGGGUGUCACACAGACCUGGGCUGGCUGGUGUCAGGGAACCUGCUCUCCGGGGUAUUCAUAGGAAUAAAAGUAAUUGCUGCUGCUGUGGCUUUUUCCAAGUAAAAUGUGUUUUCCAUGGGGGAAGCUGGAGUGGUUGAGGUGAUCUGAGUGAUGCAUUUUUCCUUGGAAAAUGCUCACGUCCCAGAACAGAGGCACAAUUGGCUGGGGUGGGGAGGUGCCUGCUGGGC